UUUUUUGAAUACCUACAUAAAUUCAAUUUUUUUUUCAAAUGUAUUGAGGUGAAUCGCGGAAAAAAUGUCGGAGGAUUUAAGCCAAAUUCAGCGGAGAUCUUUAUUUUGAGUUGAAAGUCAUUUAAAGAAGAAUUUAGGUACAGGUGUGCUCCUGGAAAGGACAUUUAUUAUAAGUUCUCAGAGAUGACGAAUUUUAGAGAAAAAAAAUCAUGGUUUUUUUCGUUCUAAUCUCUAUCCAACCUACAUCGAAAAAAUGUCCCACUUCUAAAUGAUAUUGAUUCAGCGUCCAGGUAGGCCAUUGUCAGAAUCUGAAGUCCAUCUUUGGAGUUCUACCGAGUGGUUUAUAAUUUGCAAAUUACUUAUUACUGACUUUUCACUAGAGAAGUCGAGUACUGUACUUGUUGCAAUAGUGAAAGUUGGACCGGGGAGUGACUUUUCUUUACGUUUUGAAGGUUUGGGAUCACGGAACAACAAACAACAACGAUACGAUCAUUCCCAAAUAUUCCGGUUUUCUUAUUUAUAAGAUUUAUACACACGUAUUUUUUUUUGAAUUUUUGAUUUAAUUCGAAAGCUGCGAACUUUUGGGUCAUGAUGAUUGUAUUCUUUAGUAGGAAUGGUAGAGUCCUAGUGAGAUUUCAAAUUUCAUCGAGAUCGGUUCAACCGUUUUUUAGGUAAUGAGUGUUGAAAAAUUUUGAAAAAAAAAAUGUUGUCGCUCGAUAAACUUGGAAGCUUUGAGCUUUUGGAACUUUUCAUUUGAGGGAAUCGUUCAUGAACGAAUUGAUUAAUUUUUUGAAAGAACCAUUCGUGCAUGAAUUAAUAAAUUCUUCAAUUUAUGAAUCAAUUCGUUCGUGAAUGAUUCACCAACCACUAAGUAAAUGAAUCGAUUCGUUCGCGAAUGAUUCACCAAAAACUUUUCAAUUCGUUCGUGAAUGAUUCGCCAAAAAUUAUUGAAUUCGUUCGCAAAUGAUUCAUCAAAAAUUAUAUAAUUCGUUCGUGAACGAUUCGCCAAAAAUCAAGUAAAUAAAUCGAUUCGUUUGCGAAUGAUUCACCAAAAAAUUUUCAAUUCGUUCGUGAACGAUUCACCAAAAAUCAAGUAAAUGAAUCGAUUCGUUCGCGAACGAGUCACUUAUACGAAUCGAUUCGUUCGCGAACGAGUCACUUAUACGAAUGAUUCAUCAACUAUUAAUGAAUUCGAUCGCGAGUAAGUCGCCUAGAAAUUACUCAAUUUGUCCCAAUCACCAAUCGAUUGCGAAUGAUUCGAUUCGAUUUGAUUCACUUCUCUUGAAAACGGAUCAAUUCCUAUACAAUAAUUCUGAAACAAUCGUAAAUUAAUUGAUCCGUUUGCGCUUUGCGAUUGCGAAUGAUUCACUAAGAAAUCAAUCAAUUUAUUUAUACAUCAAUCGUUCGUAAAUGAUUCGAUUCGAUUGUAAGCAGACCAAUUGCUUUACACAUGUUUCAAAUAAAGUGACUCAAUUAUUUUGUUCGUAUAAUAUUUGUAUUUGAAGAAAAGUCGGUCUUCUCACGCUUAAAGACUCGGAGAAAUUUCAAAAAAAAUUAGUAACUACGUCCAAAAAUUACCAGUAAUUUACCAUAAAUUGACAGUUUGUUACCAAAAAUUACCGGUAAUUCACCACCAAUUACUGUAACAAAACAAUAACAGUACCUAAUUUACACAACAUUGUCAGUACCUAAUAUACCAAAAAUUACAUGUAAUUUACGAAAAGUAAUCAGUAAUUCACUAAAAGUGACUAUUUGACAAAAAUGAUUGUCAAUUAAAGGUGAAAAAAAAAAGAUUUAAGUGAUCACCCAUUUUGUAAAUUGAGAAUUUCCCUCAAUUUUCUCCAAAAAUUACGUUGAUUUUCAAAGCCAAAAUACCAGAUGCAGAAGGAAACAAAAAGCCAAGCUGAUCGAAAUUCGCUGUAAAAUUUUUAUUUGAUUGUUCAUCUCAAUUUCUUUAUAGGACCCGUUAAAACUAAAAACGUUAAUCCCUUUUCUCAACAAUUUCGAUGGCUCACAAGGAAAAAUUUUUACAUCUCAACAAAAUUGGAAUAAAAUAGGGAAAACUGACGCUCUUGAUCAAAAUUUUUCAACAGAAAAAAUGUUCAUUUCAGAAGACUCCUGUCCUGUACUUGUAUGGAAAAAAUUUCAAUUCGAAUUUUGGCCAUAUUUUCAUUUUUAGAGUUAGGUUUUUUUCGAAUGUGUUUAGAAUGAGAAACUUACAUCUCAAUUUCUCCUUCAAAUUCCAAAAUUAAAUUUCAACCAAUUUCCAAAAUUUGUGCGCAUUUUGGCCUUGCAAAAAAUUGAACCAAUUUUAUUUCUAGCUGGAAUUUUUCAAAAACCCUUGCGUUAUUUUCUCUAUGCCCUAUUUUGUUAACAUUUUGUUGAGAUGUAAGAAUUUUUCCUAUAUAAUGAGCUGUAUCGAAGUAGUUGAAAAAUGCGAAUGAAAUUAUUCGUUUGGAAGCAUUUCACUUUCCUUUUUGGGGUUUGUGAAAAAAAUUAAUACGACCAAUCAAAAAAAUUUUCAGCACAUGAAACUUUACAACAAAUUUCUAUCAACGUUACUUUUUGAAGAAAAUUGAGCAAAAAUUUUCAAAUGAGUGAUCGCUCAAAUUCAUUUUUUUCCAGAUAUUACAAUCUGAUUGUUCAUUUGCUCGGUCCAACUUAUCUCGUGAGAAUUUUUGAAAUUUAUUGGUUGAACUUGUCCCAUGCGUUUGAGGAUUAAACUCUGACAAAAUAUAAAAUCAGAUGUACAUAUGUAGAUACUCGUACUUACUCUUUAACACCCUUCAUGUCAAAAAUUAUUCUGAAUAUCAAAAAAUAUCAAAUAAAUUGAAAAAAUUCACAAUUUCUAAAGUUUUGUGUCGAAUUAUCAAAUUGUCGAACUCCAAAUUUUUGAAUUUUUUUCAUCGUCCUCCCUCUUCCUUUCAGUGAGACACACAUUUCUCGAAAAACCCUGCAGCAUUUUAGUUCGAAAUCACAUCAGAAAUGGUCAUAGAUCAAAUCAUAUACUUUCACAUUCAAUAUAAAAUUCUCUAAAAAAAUUCAAACAUCGCAUCGUUUUGCUUGCUUGUUUGCUUGUUCAAUUAAAUACUCUACUAUCUGUCAUUAAAACCAAACCCACAAUCCCAUGGACUCACGAAGACAGAAAAACAUGGAUUCAAUCAUACAGAAAUUUAAAAUGCAGCUGUAAAUUAUCAAUUUUCAACAAAAAAAUUAGAUUUCUUCAACCAUAAUUUUUGAGCAAAAAUUCACAACUUCGAUGGCAAAAAAUUCAACCAAUCUGCGAAUGGUUCAAAAGAAAGGCCUUCAAGCGAUAACACACAGUGGAAAUCAAACGAACACAUUAAUCACGAUAGGAAAAUGCAAUAAAACGUAAUGGUUUUCUGUAAACAGUCACCCGCAUGUAAUCAAACCAUAAAAUUUGAAUGACAACAACACAUUCGAGUGAUUAUCAAAAAAAAAAAAAAAAAAAAAAUGAAAACAAAUGGAAAAAAUUUGGUCGUAAUAACUAAUAUGGUUAUCACAUUACACCAUUGAAUGUCACCAUAAUGACAACGCCAACUGCUUCACACGUUACCAUCAAAAGAUAAACAGAAUAUUCAAAUUGAUUUACUCAGGUAUUGAUGCGUUUUUCCGCCUAAUUUGCUCUUUUUUUUGUUGAUAUGCCGCGCCGCUGGCUACGCGUGUUGAAUAUUUUAUGACUAUAUAAACGAAUAAUAUGCUCUCCAAGCUAUCAAUGAUUUUCUGCUCGUUUAUCGAUCGUGUAAUGAAUUUCUUCAAAAUGAGUACAAGUCUUGUUGCCGGAUUUAUCAGCAUUUUCUCUAUCUACAUCGUCAAUGGAGCUCCACUAAUGAAUGCUGAUGUUGCCCAACAAGCUCCAGAUACUGACAGUGCUGAUCAUCUGUCAAUGUUCAUUGUCUCCGAAAUCAUGGAGAAUAUGACUCUGAACGAUAUUGGAACUGAAGGAGGAAAUGUUGUUGAUGAAUCUUUGUGCAAAUCAAUACUCACGAUAUUGUCUUCCUCCGAAGAAUCAGAGACAUUCAAAUUAGCAGUCUCCAACAUUAAAGACAUUACUGGGAGCUACAAAGCUCAAAAGACCAUAAUCAGAAAAAUGUCUGCAACUUUACAGUUGUGUCAGCGACUCGAUGUUACUGAAAUUGAUAUUCAAACGUUGAGCGAAAAAUUGGAAAGAACCAUAUUCGAAGAAAUACGAGUAGAAAGAGUUCCUCCAAUAGAGUCUAAUGAAGUGAACGAAACAAAAAAUUCUGAAGUAUCGACGAAUUUGGAUAACUACGUCUUUGUUAAUUCUUCGGAAGAUAAUUUGAAAUCAGACCAUGUGAAUGUGUCGAGAAGUCUGGACGACGAACCCGAACACGAAGACGAAGUCGAGGAUGAUUCCGUCCCGCAUUUCCGAAGUUUAGAAGAGGCUCCAGCAAGAAAAAGUAUGAAAGGGAGGAAUGCAUCGCAAUACUUCUUUCCCAAACCUCUCGUACCAGACUCAGAAGAUACGAGCAAUACUUUAUUGCCUCCUGGUCGCAAGCAGGGCAGUUCAAAUGCCAAGUACGAUGACAUGGCCAGUAAAAUUUUCUUAUUCGAUGGUCACGUAGGCCCGUCAUUCGAUCCAGCUGCUAAAGAAAAAAAGGGCCAAAAAACCAAGUUUCUGUUUAAUAGAAAUCCAUUCACAGAUUACAGCAAAGUGUCCGCAAACCUUGAAAGGAGAAGAAAGGGAUCGAAGAUCAAGAACGUAGAUUAGGGUUAGGUUUUGAAAUAUGCUGCGAAAGGUUGAAGAAACUCUAUUUUAGAGAUUGAUGCUUAAUUCAUGUGAUUUUAGUUUUAGUUAUUUUUUUUCAUCUAACGUUGAAUAUUCCUUUUUUGUUUGUUUUUGUUUUUAAACAAAAUAGAUAAUUUUUCAUAUUUUUUGAA